UUAUUAAUCUCUCAUAUAUGUAUGUAUGUAUGUAGAUAGAUAUAGCUAUGGAUAUAUGCCAAGAUGGGUUUUUUAUUUUUAUUUUUUGGGUGGGUUUUGUUGGUUUAUAUGAAAUUUUUGAUAGAAAUUGGAAUACCCAGAUGCAAAUUUAGUUGCUUUUUGAAUUUACAUUACCUAAUAGCUUCAAAGAGUUUUUGUAUAUAGGUAUGGAGUAAGUAGAUUAAUGAAGUGUGUGUUAUUGAAGUGUUAAAAAAGAAAAGAAAAGAAAAGAAAAGAAAAGAAAAGAAAAGAUGAGCAAUGUGCCAAAGGAGGCAAUUGAGGUCAUUGCACAGAGCAUUGGGAUUACCAACUUGUCCCCAGAUGUUGCCCUGGCUCUUGCCCCAGAUGUGGAGUACCGGGUUCGCGAGAUCAUGCAGGAGGCAAUUAAAUGCAUGCGCCACUCGAGGCGGACUAGUUUGACAGCUGAUGAUGUGGAUAGUGCGCUUAAGUUACGAAACGUGGAGCCAAUAUAUGGCUUCACAUCUGGAGAUCCCCUGAGGUUCAAACGAGCUGCUGGACACAAGGAUUUAUUUUAUAUUGAUGACAAGGAUGUGGAAUUUAAAGAUGUUAUUGAUGCACCUUUGGCAAAGGCACCACUUGAUACAUCAGUUAAUACUCACUGGCUGGCAAUUGAAGGAGUUCAACCUGCAAUUCCAGAAAAUGCUUCAGUUGAAGUACCCUCUGAUGGAAAAAAAUCUGAGUACACAGAAGUUCUUAUUGACCUUAAAUUACCAGUUAAGCAUGUUCUGUCAGGGGAACUGCGGUUAUACUUUAAACAUAUCACAGAACUGACUGUGAAUAAGUCUGGCUCUGUCGUCUUCAAAGAAGCAUUAGUGAGCUUGGCCACAGACUCAGGCUUGCAUCCCUUAGUUCCUUACUUCAUAUACUUCAUUGCUGAUGAGGUUGCACACAAUUUGAAUGAUUUUCCUCUCCUUUUUGCUUUGAUGCGUGUUGUUCGAAGCCUUCUUCGGAAUCCACACAUUCACAUAGACCCUUAUCUACACCAAUUGAUGCCCUCCGUUAUUACAUGCCUUGUUGCAAAAAGAUUAGGGAAUAGAUCUUCUGACAAUCAUUGGAAACUUAGGAACUUCACAGCAAACAUUGUUGCUUUAAUAUGCAAAAGAUUUGGGCAUGUUUAUCACAAUCUUCAGCCACGUGUCACAAGGACUCUGCUUCAUGCUUUCUUGGACCCAACCAAAGCAUUGCCUCAACAUUAUGGUGCAAUUCAAGGGCUAGCAGCCCUUGGACCUAGUGUGGUUCAGCUGCUUAUAUUACCAAAUCUUGAGCCAUAUUUGCAACUUCUGGCGCCGGAAAUGAUACUUGAGAAGCAAAAGAAUGAGAUGAAGAGGCAUGAAGCUUGGCGUGUUUAUGGGGCCUUGCUGUGUGCAGCUGGCCAAUGCAUGUAUGAUCGGGUCAAGAUGUUCCCUGGUUUGCUUUCUCCACCAACUCGUGCCAUCUGGAAGACCAAUGCAAAAGUUGUGUCUACAAUUUCAAAAAAGCGCAAAGCAAGCACAGACAACUUAAUGCAUCAACCAUCACUUAAGAAAGUAGCAACAGAUGGCAAAAUAGGUGUAAUACCAAUGAACUCCAUGCAAAUUGACACGCAAGGGACAACGGGUGGGUAUUCCACUGCUGCAGGUGGUUCUGGUGUUGGUUUAUCAUCAAUGUCCCGGCAGUUACCAACUGAAAAUGUGCCUGGAAGGGAGGUUGGUGGUAGAGUGGUAAAAACGUCUACUGUUCUCUCUCAGGCUUGGAAGGAGGACAUGGAUGCAGGACAAAUGUUGGCAUCAUUGUUUGAACUUUUUGGUGAAAGUGUGUUUGCCUUUACCCCAAAACCCGAAUUAUCUUUCUUCUUGUGAUUUAAUUGAACAUCAAUGGGAAUGCUAAUUCUCAAGAAUGUGUAAAUUAUCUGUUAAAUUCCUUUCUUUACAGAAGUAUAUAGAUACUGUGCAAAUAUGUAAUUGUAAGCUACCUGCUGGUAGAUGAUUUAUAUAGUCCAAAAUGUCAAGUUUUAUGCAAUUCCAUCAGAACUACUUAAAAACUGAAAUUUGUAUAUAAUAGCGAUUCUUUACAUUUGUCCCAUGAGUUGGAGCAUUUAUGCAACUAAUCUCCUAAUUUCCCCUGCAA